AUGAAUGCUCCAACGAAGAACCCCGAUUUAUCAACUGACAUGCCGCCAAAUGCCGACAUUCGGCUGCUGGUUGUCGAUCAGAGUGGGGCACUUUUCGAACCAGACGAUACCACCAUCAACACCCCUAGGAGAUCGAUCAACAGACACAAGUACCCUUUGGUAAAGUCGAUCCGAUCGCUCUACAAGCAAGGCAUGUAUGCCAUCCCGUUAAGGCUCGAAAUGGACUCGGAUGGGAAAAAGAAGCCCAUCUUCAGUAAAGGAGGGUACAAACCAUUAUGGACGUCCACCGAGGCAUACAAACAGAGGAUCGAUGCCUAUGUUUGCCGAGCGCCAUCGAACGUGAACGCUUUGGCGGUCCUGUGUGGGAUUUCGGACAUAUUUCUGCUUGAUGUAGACGCAGAAAGGAAGGAGGCCACAGACACGAACGCAGGGAAGGAGGCUGGAACAGAACUGUGGGAGGAAUUGAUAAAGAAACACGGUGACAUCAUCACAUUAAAGGCAAGAACAGGUUCAGGAAACGGUUUACACUACUUUUUCUCUGCAAGCAAGACCGAAGGGCUUCUCAAUCCAUUAAACUUCUCGACAAUCCUUCACGAAGGUACUACAUGGGCGAUUGAUGGUCGUGGAAGCAACGGAAUAGCUUUUGUAAGCCCCUCGAGUUACCAAGAUAACAAGGGCAGAGCCUUUGGCUAUUCCUGGAUAGAAGGUGAUGAAACCACACCACGAGUCGCUAUGCCGCCGUGGUUGGUUCGAUUCCUGAACGACACGUCAACAAAGGCAGUCGGUAGUACAACGGGAAAUGUGGAGGUCAACAAAAGCCUCAGCAACUCGAACAGGCGCAUCAGCUCGCCCAACAAUCAGUACACACAAGCUGAAGAAUCAACAGGGGGCUCGGACUUGAAUAUGGAUUCCAUUUUGCCUGGGUUGCAGCCCGCUCUCACUGCAAUUAGAGAGAUGCUGCAAAACGUGUUGCCAGAGGACCAAAGUCGUUUCAAUGGUGUUGGGAUGAGGACUCAGACAGGCUGGCAAGUCCUUAAGUUUAAAACGAUUGGCACGCGAACGUGCUUGAACGGGUGCGAACACGUCUCAAACAACUUCAGCAUCCUGUGCAAUGGUGCCAUUCUACUUUACCGUUGUCUAAGUUCAGAGUGCAUCAAACGUCUAGCGUGCUUGCUUGGGAUCUAUUAUUGGCCGGAGUGCUUGCCGCUGAGAGCAGAGGCGUCCAUGAUCCGAGAAUGUGAGCGCUAUUUGGUUCCAAGAAGCGAUGAAACGAAGAAGCUUAGUAAAGAGGAAGCGGCUGAAAGGAAGAAGCGCAGGAACGACAUGUACAAUCUUCUUAUCAAGGUGAUGAACGCCUAUUUUGCGGUUGUGAUUGGAGGAAACAAGACGGUUUAUACCGAGCUCGUCUUCUGCCGUGACAAAGACGGCAACCUCCAACGAGAAGAGGUGAUAGAAAGGCCAGGCCACAACUUUAUUGAACGGUGCAGGAACAUUCAGUUGGAUUGUCUGCCCGGCAAGAACAAGGAAGCUGCAAAGUUCUGGGAAAGCAACUCGAAGCGACAGGAGUACGACCGGAUUGUCUUCGAGCCUGACCUAAGCAAGGUUACUUCGCGUCACUUCAACCUAUUCUGCGGACUGGAGUUCAAGCCUCUUCUGCAAAAGCUAGAACCUUCCGAGAUGGCCGACUGUGAGUUGCAAAUGCCCAAGCUCAUGUGGCACAUCAGGGCCAUCCUCAGCGACGGGUGCGAAACAAGAUUCGCAUACAACGUCAAGUGGAUGGCCCACGCCGUUCAAAGACCAAGAAAGAAGAUCGGAGUUGCCUGGGUUCUUCGAGGCCCGCAAGGGUGCGGCAAAUCCAUGUUGGCCGACUUCUUGGGGAUGAUGAUCAUUGGAAGCAAAAACUAUCUAUAUUGCAAUGAGAUCGAAAAGGUGAUCGGUCAAUUCAAUGCAUUAUCUGCCAAUCGGUUGUUGAUCGUCUUUGACGAGGCUGGAAACUGGGGAGGAGCCUACAAGCUCAACGAUCGGAUGAAGUCACUGAUAACAGAGUCGGAGACCUGCGUAGAAAAGAAGGGUUUUGAUGCCAUAAAGACCAAGGACGUGAGCAACAUUAUUUUCACAACAAAUAAUACAUGGCCGGUCAAACGAGAGGCGGGGGAUCGGCGGUAUUCCUGCCAGGAAUGCUCUGGCGCCAUGGUUGGCAACAAGGAGUACUUCGACGGUCUCAUAAAAGAGCUCCAAGAUCCGCAAACGGCUUUGAGCUUCUAUAAGUACCUCUCUUCGAUCGACAUCUCUGAUUGGAAUCCGCAGACGAUCCCAGUCACCGCAUGGGGCGAGAGUUUAAAGGAUCACUCCAUACCUCCACACGUCAAGAUGAUGCAGGCGCUGCUUGAGAACGGUUGCUUUCACCCUUCUGUAGAAACUUGGGUAGCUUCGGUGGAUAUUAAAGCGACAUACGAUACGUUUCUCUCGGCACUCGACAUCAAAGAGGACCGACAUAUGGACGUCAAUGUCCUAAUUAGUGGGUAA